AAAGUUUUUGGUGGAAAUAAAUUUUGAGUUUGUAAUUAAUUUAAUCAAGCUGGCGUUAAAACAAGAGCUCCAAGAGCUCGAUUGGUGCGAAAACGAGGAGUUUUCGGAAGAUUCCGCAUCCGCGUAUAAUAAAAUGGUAGAGACGUCUUUGGAAUCGCGAUCGGGUAGUGACGUUUUUGGGGGUCGUCAUCAUUUGCAUCACCAUCUUCAAGGAGGUGGUGUUUUAAUGGGGAAUAUGUUUCCAGUGUAUAAUAGUAAAAAUCGCGGGGGCUCAGGUGGUCAAAGUCAAAGUAGUCAUAAUAAUAAUAGUAGUAGUGGAUCGCUUUUUACUAUUGAUAGUAUUUUGGCACCGAGACCCAAACCAACCGUCGCUUCUUCACUACAAAAUAAUAACGACAAUAGUCGCUCCGCAACACAUCACACCACAGCACAACAAAUUUUACAGCAUCCGACGCUUCAUUUAAGUCAUUUGGCGGCUGCUGCCGCCGGAGGAUUUGGACCUGGUUCUGCAGACUUUCUAGCAAUGGCAUAUCCGGGAUUAUAUCCAGGUUAUGUUCAUGCUUUGGCAGCUGCUUCCCAAGCAGCUCAAAUGACCCAAAUCGGCGGUCACCAUCACCAUCAUCAUCCGCAACAUCAGCCGCCAAAACGAAAGCGACGUCAUCGUACAAUAUUCUCCGAAGAACAACUCGAACAGUUAGAGGCUACAUUUGAACAAACCCAUUAUCCAGAUGUCGUUUUACGAGAACAAUUGGCGCUAAAAGUUGAUUUGAAAGAAGAACGAGUCGAGGUUUGGUUUAAAAAUAGAAGAGCAAAGUGGAGGAAACAAAAACGUGAAGAACAAGAACGGUUGAGAAAGUUACAAGAAGACGACGUUUGUAGGAACAUUGUCGAACAUCAACAGCAACAACAGCAUCAACAGUCGGUUUCAACGUCGGUUUUUAGUGAUGAAGAUUCGUCGGAUUUGGAGGUGGCAUAAGAUAAUAAUUAAAGGGAUA